UUGGUCUUUCUACCAGCAUACUCUCCAGACCUCAACCCUAUCGAAGAAGCUUUCUCAUCUAUCAAGGCAUGGAUUCGUGCUAACCGGGAUUACGUGCUAGGGGAGCUGGAGGGAGAUGUGCGUUGUGACCCUCGACAAAUGCUGUAUGACGCUGUAUUCAGUGUAACUCCCGAAAAAGCGCGAGGUUGGUUUGCACACUCUGGUUAUGUUUAG